CUGGUUAUCCUCCUACUACUCCUCCUCAUCAUCAUCAUCUUCAUCCCCAUCGCCGCCGCGGCGGUGUCCCGGAUCGCGCGGUGUUGAAGAGGAUUCCAGUCUGGUGACUCUUUCCUGAAGGAAUUCCAGUCUCCUGGGCCAUCUCCUUCACCAAAAACCAUGGAGAAGUUUGUAUCAGACAAGCCUGUUCCUGUGCUUAAGAACGGAAUCCCUACUCUUCCUCCCCAGAAGAAGCCAGAGACAAACUCGUGCCCUCAUGCAGCUGGCAAGUAUUCUCUCCCUGAUGGGGUGGAGAAUGAGAACUGCAAGAAUAACGAGAAGGAAAGGCAGUGGAUCCGCCCUGAUACACCCAGCAAAUGCACAUGGAAGCUUGGGAAACCCCUCUCUGCCUCCCCACAUCAUCAUGCCUCUCUGCCAGAGCCUCCGAAGAUCCUGCCAAACAUCCUGACUAAAGUUGGCAAUACACCUUUGGUGAGGAUCAACAAGAUUGGGAAGCACUUUGGACUCAAGUGUGAACUCUUGGUCAAGUGCGAGUACUUCAAUGCCGGGGGCAGCGUCAAGGACCGCAUCAGCCUCAGGAUGGUGGAGGACGCUGAGAAGGCUGGGAUCCUGAAGCCUGGGGACACGAUCAUAGAGCCAACCUCUGGAAACACAGGAAUUGGGCUGGCCCUGGCUGCGGCAGUGAAGGGUUACCGCUGUAUCAUCGUGAUGCCAGAGAAAAUGAGCAUGGAGAAGGUGGAUAUCCUGAGAGCUCUGGGCGCUGAGAUUGUGAGGACCCCAACUACUGCCAGAUUUGAUUCCCCUGAGUCCCACGUGGGAGUGGCGUGGAGGCUGAAGAACGAGAUCCCCAACGCGCACAUCCUAGACCAGUACCGGAAUCCCAGCAAUCCCCUGACACACUACGACACCACAGCUGAGGAGAUCCUGCAGCAGUGUGAUGGAAAGGUGGACAUGCUGGUGGCUACGGCUGGCACGGGAGGGACUAUCACUGGCAUCUCCAGAAAGCUAAAGGAGAAGUGUCCAGGCUGCAAAAUCAUAGGUGUGGAUCCUGAGGGCUCCAUCCUCGCUGCACCAGAAUCGCUGAACAAGACUGACAAGACAACGUAUGAAGUGGAAGGAAUUGGAUACGAUUUUGUCCCCACGGUGUUGGAUAGAUCUGUAGUGGACCAGUGGUACAAGAGCAAUGAUGAGGAGUCCUUUGCUUUAGCUCGUAUGCUGAUCCGAGAGGAGGGGCUGCUGUGUGGUGGCAGCUCAGGCAGUGCCAUGUCUGUGGCUGUGAAGGCAGCCAAGGAGCUGAAGGAGGGUCAGCGCUGUGUUGUCAUCUUCCCUGACUCUAUCAGGAACUACAUGUCCAAGUUUUUGAGUGACAAAUGGAUGAUUCAGAAAGGGUUCAUGAAAGAAGAGGACCUUGGCAACAAACCCUGGUGGUGGAACAUCAGUGUUCAGGAACUGAGCCUCUCUGCUCCCCUGACUGUGCUUCCAACUGUUACCUGUGCAAAGACUGUCGAAAUUCUCCGGGAGAAGGGAUUCGACCAGGAACACCUGAGGCUUUUGUGCUGCUUAGCCCUGUCUUCUCUCUCUCUCUCCCUCCCCAGGGUGAUUUUGGGCAUGGUUACCCUGGGUAACAUGCUUUCCUCACUGCUUGCUGGAAAAGUUCAGCCUUCUGAUGAAGUCAGAAAAGUAAUCUACAAGCAAUUUCAACAGAUUAACCUGAAAGACAACUUGGGGAAACUCUCUCAUAUCCUGGAAAUAGACCACUUUGCUCUAGUGGUUCAUGAGCAGAUUCAGUAUCACACUGAUGGCGCCUCCAGCAAGAGGCAGAUGGUGUUUGGCAUCGUCACAGCCAUCGACCUGCUGAACUUCGUGACCGCACGAGAGCGGGAGAGGAAAUCCAACUGAGGCCGAGCGGCGACGAGGAGCCUCUUCAACAACGUCUUGCAAUCUCCAGCAAAGAAUCAGGUUUAUUUCUCGAGUAGAAUGGCCUUAAGUAGAAUGGUCUUAGGGGGUGUUUUUUGUUGUGUGUUUUGUUUUUGUUUUUGUUUUUUUUUUUAAUUCUGAAAAUAAGCAGUUAGCUAUCCCCGUGUCAGCUCUACAGCCAGUGUGUCUUGCUGUGUUGCACAGCUUCCGGGGACUUGUUUCUUAAUCAGCUUACACAAUAUUUCUUACCAAGACAAUUUUAUUUUUUUACAUAUAUAUAUAUAUAUGUGUAUACGUCUGUAAAAAAUAUCGCCUAAAUUAACCGGUGUGUUCCUUGUCACGUCUAAAGUCCGGCGUUCGAAAACAUUGUUUCGGAUUCAUAAAAUGCGUUGAAAUAAAGAGUUAAUGAGGCAGAGGCUCCAGGGAGCUCUGGAAAGUUUCAGAUAAGUUUCUCCACGCAGAGGUGUUAAGGUAGAUGUCGCCUGAUUGUGGAGACAAAAAUCGGACCUGGGAAAUGGGGAGAAGAAAGGAGGGUUUCCCUUUCGGUGGCAUCAGUGUCAAACAAGAGGAAAUCCUGGGGGCUGGAGUUGAGACUCACUUCAACCAUCUGCUUUUGAGGAAAAACUGGUUUGAGUAGAAACGUGUCAGUGAAGUGACAACCAUAAACUAGUGGGUUUUUUUUGCAUGGCACACCAGCUUCCCCUGCCAAGACAGACCUAUUUUUUUUUUCCAAUGGCACCCUGAUAAGUAAACACAA